AUGUGUUUCUGGUGGUACAAAGUCGCCGACGCUUCCGAGUAUCUUGUGAUCACCGGUGCAUGGAUCAAUGACCUGAAGAUAAAAAAGAAGGCAUUGAUCCUCCCCGGCCAGAAAUUCACCCGUAUCGAGCUCUCUCCGGUCAACUACACCUUCAAUGUCCAAGCCAUGAGCGCCGAGAAGCUCCCGUUUAUCCUCCCGGCCGUCUUCACGAUCGGCCCCCAAGUCAACGACAUGGAUGCCAUCACCAAGUACGCCAAGCUUCUCUCCAACCACGAAAAGGACUCGACACAUGUCAAGGAGCUGGUCCAGGGCGUCAUUGAGGGAGAGACUCGUGUGCUGGCUGCCUCGAUGACGAUGGAGGAGGUGUUCAAGGGGACCAAGGAGUUUAAGCAGGAGGUCUUUGAAAAGGUUCAGCUGGAGCUCAACCAGUUCGGGCUUUUCAUAUACAAUGCGAAUGUGAAACAGUUGGUGGACGUUCCAGGACACGAGUAUUUCAGUUACUUGGGGCAAAAGACUCAGAUGGAGGCUGCCAACCAGGCCAAGGUUGACGUGGCAGAGGCCACGAUGAAGGGGGAGGUUGGUGCCAAGUUGAGGCAGGGGCAGACGCUGCAGAACGCUGCCAAGAUCGAUGCAGAGACGAAGAUCAUAUCGACUCAGAGGCAAGGAGAGGGUAAGAAGGAGGAGGUUAGGGUGCACACGGAGGUCAAGGUUUUUGAGAAUCAGAGAGAAGCUGAGGUGGCUGAGGCGAAUGCUGAGCUGGCAAAGAAGAAGGCAGUGUGGGACAAGGAGGCGAAGGUGGCGCAGGUGGAGGCAGCCAAGGCGGUGUCGAUCAGGGAGGCCCAGUUGCAGAAGGAGGUGGAGAAGGUGAAUGCCAUGACUAGGACCGAGAAGCUCAAGGCUGACAUCUUGAGCAAGGCAAUGGUUGAGGCCGAAACCAAGGCGCAGGAGGCGAGCUGGCAGCUCAACCAGAAGCAGAAGGCGGCGGAUGCCAUUCUAUACCAGAAGGAGAAAGAGGCCGAGGCUAUGAAAGCAGUUGCUGAUGCACAGAUGUAUGCUCGUCAAAAGGCUGCUGAGGGAGAAUUCUAUGCAAAGAAGAAAGAGGCUGAGGGACUUGACGUAAUGGGAAAAGCCCAAGGCGCUUAUCUGCACUAUCUUCUGGAGGCAAACGGACGCGACUAUCCAGCUACGAGAGAUUACAUGAUGAUCAAUAAUCGGAUGUAUCCAGAGAUUGCUAGGAUUAAUGCUGACGCCGUGCGCGGACUUCAGCCUAAGAUUAGCAUUUGGUCUAAUGGCGGAGAGGCUGCAGACGGUGGUGCUGGCAGCAGCAAUGCGGCUAUGAAGUCGGUUGCCGGACUUUACAAGAUGUUACCGCCGUUGUUCAGUACGGUGCAUGAACAAACCGGAAUGCUGCCUCCAAAUUGGAUGGGAACUUUGUCAGCUGAAGGUUCACAGCCUAAGAAUAUUGUCUGGUGGUACAAAGUCGCCGACGCUUCCGAGUAUCUGGUGAUCACCGGUGCAUGGAUCAAUGACCUGAAGAUUAAAAAGAAGGCAUUGAUCCUCCCCGGCCAGAAAUUCACCCGUAUCGAGCUCUCUCCGGUCAACUACACCUUCAAUGUCCAAGCCAUGAGCGCCGAGAAGCUCCCGUUUAUCCUCCCGGCCGUCUUCACAAUCGGCCCCCAAGUCAAUGACAUGGAGGCCAUCAUCAAGUACGCCAAGCUUCUCUCUAACCACGAAAGGGACUCGGCACAUGUCAAGGAGCUGGUCCAGGGCGUCAUUGAGGGAGAGACUCGUGUGCUGGCGGCUUCAAUGACGAUGGAGGAGGUGUUCAAGGGGACCAAAGAGUUUAAGCAGGAGGUUUUCGCAAAGGUUCAGCUGGAGCUCAACCAGUUUGGGCUUUUCAUAUACAAUGCAAAUGUGAAACAGUUGGUGGACGUUCCCGGACACGAGUAUUUCAGUUACUUGGGACAGAAGACUCAGAUGGAGGCUGCCAACCAGGCCAAGGUUGACGUGGCGGAGGCCACAAUGAAGGGGGAGGUUGGCGCCAAGUUGAGGCAGGGGCAGACGCUGCAGAACGCAGCCAAGAUCGAUGCAGAGACGAAGAUCAUAUCGACUCAGAGGCAAGGAGAGGGUAAGAAGGAGGAGGUUAGGGUGCACACGGAGGUCAAGGUUUAUGAGAAUCAGAGAGAAGCUGAGGUGGCUGAGGCGAAUGCUGAGCUGGCAAAGAAGAAGGCAGUGUGGGACAAGGAGGCGAAGGUGGCACAGGUGGAGGCAGCCAAGGCGGUGUCGAUCAGGGAGGCCCAGUUGCAGAAGGAGGUGGAGAAGGUGAAUGCCAUGACUAUGACAGAGAAGCUCAAGGCUGACAUCUUGAGCAAGGCAAUGGUUGAGGCUGAAACCAAGGCACAGGAGGCGAGCUGGCAGCUCAACCAGAAGCAGAAGGCGGCGGAUGCCAUUCUAUACCAGAAGGAGAAAGAGGCCGAGGCUAUGAAAGCAGUUGCUGAUGCACAGAUGUAUGCUCGUCAAAAGGCUGCUGAGGGAGAAUUCUAUGCAAAGAAUAAAGAGGCUGAGGCACUUGAGGCAAUGGGACAAGCCCAAGGCCAUUAUCUGCAGUAUCUUAUGGAGGCAAACGGACGGGACUAUUCAGCUACCAGAGAUUACAUGAUGAUCAAUAAUCGGAUGUAUCCAGAGAUUGCUAGGAUUAAUGCUGACGCCGUGCACGGACUUCAGCCUAAGAUUAGCAUCUGGUCUAAUGGAGGAGAGGCUGCAGACGGUGGUGCUGGCAGCAGCAAUACAGCUAUGAAGGAGAUUGCCGGAGUUUACAAGAUGUUACCACCGUUGUUCAAUACGGUGCAUGAGCAAACAGGCAUGCUGCCUCCAAAUUGGAUGGGUACUUUGUCAGCUGAAGGUUCACAGCCUAAGAAUAUUGAAGCUUGA